AUGAAAGAACUUGGUAGUUGCCAAUCGAAUGACUCGCCAAAAAAACAGAGAGGAAGAUCGAAGCACACACCGACGUUUAAAUUAUUCAGCAAGAAGAACAGCUGGCCGAAGGUAAUGAUAUCUCGCGACAGUACCAUUUACAAGAAGAUCAAAGAUUCCUCCAGAACUCCCAGUUUGUCAUUUCUUCAAGAAACUUCGAGCGAACUGCGAACCAAAGGAGAAAAAGUUGGCUAUGACGUGGAGCAUUUGUAUUGCGAUGAAAAUGGCACAGAUUUCGAGGAAGUACAUGAUGUCUGUUUAAUUAGUAGUUCUAGCGAGAUACAAGAAAAUCUCGAAGCGUGCGAAACAUUGAGAAAGUCCGAGAAGAGCUUGAAGAAGAUUGACGAAGUGAUCAAGAAAAGUGAUUUUGAUUACUCGACGGAAGGAAAUGUGAUUUCCAAUAUAGGAAAUCGACAGAGGCCUAUUUUCGUUGAUCUAACGGCAGACGAGAAGAACACGUGGAAACAAACUAUUUUGAAGAGAUUCUGUGAUGUGAAGAUAAGCACGGCGAAUGAAAAGGGAAGCAAGAACGAGAAGUGCCCUUCGAAUGUUUUACUAGAACCUCGAAUUAUAAUAGCUGAUAGUUCUAACAAGUUAAACCGCAAUGAAACUGGCAGCUUGGUAACUGCUUUACAAGAUCGUGGACCAUGUUUGAUACCAGUGCAACCGAAUCGUUCUUUACCUAUUCGACCUGCACCAUCUGUACCUAUAAGAUUCUUUCGAAAGAAUUGUUCAUCGUCACUUAUAUUACCCAAAUCUGCUAUACUGGAUGUAGUGGAAGUAGAAUCGACAAAAUCAAUAGAUACUCUGUCGAUCGAGAAACUUCGCAAGAAAGGAAACAUUAAUUCCGAAAUGCAAAUAGCAUCGAAAAAAUCUGUCAGUUCGAUGGAUUAUGUUGUUCCCCAAAUUUCAAAUGUAGGAAGUCUCAAUGUGACGAAGAGGAGAAAUAAUAACGAAAUGGAGCACGAGAAGGAUAGUGUUAAAGAAAAUAGAAAGAAGAAAAGAUCGCAGGGAACAAAUUCUAGUCAAAAUAAAGAGGAACGUGUGGAAAGUUCGAUUAAGGAGUUUUUAACGAAUUUCUGCGGCUCGAACGCGACAGAAGGAAUACAAAAUCUUUGUACUGACAAAUGCGUUAGAGCUACAUCUACGACAAAAGAAGAAACUGGUAACAAGUUAGUGCCUCCGUUAAGAUUGAAGAAAGUUGUGCAUGCAGAGACGGAAAGAUAUAAGAAUUCCCAAAUCAUCAUGGGAUCAGGACACGAGUCAAAUUACAGAAUCAUCACAGAUACAACAUCUCAGCCAUCGUCUAGUUUAAAUCCCAAUAAUUGUAAUGACACCCUCUAUGAGAAGGACGCAGACUUUGCAUCUUCGAAUACCGACAGCUACAAGCUAAAAUAUCGACGGAACAGAUUAAAGCAAAAGCUUCGUGAACUACGAAGCAAAGCUGUGGAGUUAGCCAAGCAAAUGGCGAACGAUUCAAACCCUCAACAAAGUACCAGAUUGAGACAGGUGAUGAAUCGCUACGAAAAGCGAAUAGAAAAUCUGUCAAAGUUACAUAGAAAAUUGUCUACAGCCCUUCCAAUCUCCAAAGAAGUGAUCGAUGUAAAUAGCGAUAACAUGAGUCCCUCUGAUAACAAAUAUCGGAGUGUGAACUUAAAUAGUAGGAAUGCAGAUUGCUCACCCAAUAACAAUUCUUCUUCACCGUCACCCGAACCGCCAAAAUUAUCACCAAAGUCAUCGCUAGAUUACGAUAGCGUAUUGCCGGAAGAGGUUCGAAAUAGUCCACCUAUUUUACCGAGGGUAUGUCUGACUAUCUCGUCGAGUCAAGAUUCACUGGAGGAGGAACUACAACUUGCAGAAAGAAAAGUGUGGCCUGUAAACGAAGAAUCAAUGAAAUCAACGUUUUCUGUGGACCCUCUUCAGUCUAAUUCCAUAGAAAAGGAUCCUCCAAAUAUUGAAAAACAUGCUCAAAAUACGCCUGUAGGGCAACAGAAUAAUAUUAGCGUUGACAUAGAAAGUUCCGAUCUUACUGUUAAUAAAAGGGAUUUAAAUGAUUCUAAAAAGAUUAUUCAAUUCUCAGAGGAUAAUUGUACGAUUCGGAAAAAAAAAGAUGAAACGGACAAGUCGUCGGAUGGGUUUUCACAGAGUUGUCUUGUAAUUCAAGAAUCAGAAGAAAUCAAAUGUCUUGAAUUUUCUGAGGCUAGGCCGAUAAUAAGUUCUGUGACCAGUUGUGUGGAUGUACCAACGGCUGCUUUAGAGAACGAAACAUUUCAAAUGUUACCUGGAAAACAACUUCCUCCGAUAAGGGAGCACACGUUACAAUCCAAUUGCUAUGAUCCCAAUCAGGAAGAAGAUUCAUUUCCGAAAGUACACGAGGUCAAUCGAAAUACGCAAAAGGUUACAUCGAAUUCGAGUCAAUCACCUCAAUUUGAUCCUACAUGGACGGUGUUGAAUCAAGAACAUCUUACAUUGCGACAAAACUACAAAGGAGAAGAAAUGCCGAUUGAUUCAGAACAAAGGAAUGAUGGAAAUUAUUCCAUUACCGAACAAUUUCCUACACUUGGUAACUGGUUAGCUCAAAUGUCGAAAAAACAAACUUCAAUAACUAAACCAAAAUUACAAACCACAGGAAAUGCCCCGUUUGCAUCAACGGAAAGCACUACAUCUCAAAUUUCUAGACCUGAAAUAUCAAAGAUAAUUGGACCUAAUAUCAAUAACCACAUGAUGAAUACAACACCUCAACGUAGUGCAGAAAAAUGGCAAUACCAUCAUCAGCAACAACAACUACAACAUGUUGCAGCAUCCGUGACUCUUUCACAACCUGUUGCUGCUGUUCCACCUUUACGUCCUGGCAUAUGUUCACCUAUUCCUAUGACACAAUUUUAUCCGAAUAAUUACACUAUUGACCCUUACAAUGGUUCUACUUUAAAUUAUCAUCCAGCGAUUUGUCCUUAUGGUACUUAUCCGUAUCAUUCACGAUUACAUUCAGAUUCCUUGCCAGAUUAUCAUUUUCCUAUGCAAGAAAGUUUGCGAUCAAUACAACAUAUGGAUAAACGUUUUACUUCAGUACAAGAUCCAAUUAUAAGAUAUCCCUCCCCAACGAUAAGUACUCUGCAACAUCCAAAUAAUUUGGAUUUUGAUCGUCUUCGAGGAAACUCUAAUACUAACAAUAUUGGUACCACAACCUGUUUACCAUCACUGUUUUUAUCACCACCAUCUUUAUCUUCUUCAUAUCAUUCCUUGCCACGAAGUCCCUUAAUUGGCUAUCCAACAAAUAAUCAAGUUUCUCGGAACAGAAUGAUUCCAGAUGUCGUUGCUGCUGCUGCAGCUGCAGCUGUUGUUGCUGCUGCUUCCUUUGAUAGGCAACGCGAUACUUUAACAUACAAUAGAGUUGACAAAGAUACGUUAUCGACCGCUGAUAUUGCAAAUGUAAUUGAUAAAGAAGCAUCUCAUGUGCCAGAUUCUACCAAAUCAAUUAUUAGUCGCGAUGUAAUCAAUCAAACACAAGAUACCAAUUUUAACGAAGAAAACCACGAAAGUACGAAAUAUCAACAAAUGCAAAAUUUUUUGUUUAAUCAAUUGGCACUGGUAAAAACAACGGAUAAUUUUGCACAGACAAAUUCAGUUAUUAGUAAUGAUGCUCAAACGACAAUGACAUCUAUUGUUUCAACAACACCAUACCGGAUACCGUUAAUUCCUUCGCACACACAAGUAUCAAAAAAUGCAUCGGGAAAUGAACCUAGAAAUUGUAAAACACCGCAUCUCGGUAAAGUGAACCGCAGUCCAAAUAGUUUGCAUAAUUUUACAUGUUCGAAUUGUGGUAUUAUCGGGCCAAAAUUCAAGUGCUUAGGAUGUGAAAUGGCAUUUUAUUGCGAUGAACGAUGCCAAGAAAAGCAUUGGUAUGUUCACGUACAAAAAUGUCCAAAAAAGAUGCCAAAAUUAAAAAAAGUGAAUUAG